GCCUGAAGCUCCAAGACAGCAAGCGGAAGGGAGCUUGCCUAUCCACAACAACAACCACACCGGCGAUUCUCACACAACGCAAACAUGGAGGUUCUCCUCGGAAUCACGGGCAAGGACUUCACCUUGAUCGCGGCAUCCAAGGCCGCCAUGCGCGGGGCUACCAUCCUCAAGUCGUCCGACAACAAGACGAGGCAGCUGAACAAGCACACAUUGAUGGCGUUCUCUGGAGAGGCUGGAGAUACGGUGCAGUUUGCGGAAUACAUCCAAGCUAAUGCGCAGCUCUACUCGAUGCGCAACGAGACCGACCUCUCCCCUUCAGCUUUAGCACACUUUGUUCGCGGCGAGCUAGCGUCGAGUCUGAGGUCGCGGAAGCCGUACAACGUCAACCUCCUCCUGGGAGGCGUCGACCCCAUCACACACAAGCCAAGCCUGUACUGGCUAGACUACCUUGCCGCGUUAGCCCCGGUACCAUAUGCGGCCCACGGAUAUGCCCAGUACUACUGCCUCUCUAUCCUCGACAAGCACCACCACCCGGAUAUCGACAUCGAACAGGGCAUGAAGCUUCUCAACUUAUGCGCAGAUGAAUUGAAGAGGAGAUUACCGAUAGAUUUCAAGGGCAUGGUGGUGAAAGCGGUGACAAAGGACGGGAUCAUUGACAUGGACUUUGACGAUGACAAGGUAGUCAAGAGCGCUUGAUUUUCUGGGGAAUGGGGAAUGGGGUUCUAUCGUGUAUAAUACCCGACCCGGCCAAAUGCGCGCAUGGACGGCGGCCGAAUGCCUGCUUUGCGGUAUCAUGUGCUCGUUUAAGCCAGGUGAUACUCUCGAAGCCCGCUACAUGUUACUGGAGUCUCGGCUCCAGAACCGUCGCACCAGUUAGACACUACUUAGGUCAUGCUCGGCUGCGUAAGUUGAAUGCUGUUAUGUAUCCAUAAAGGCCGCAGCCUCUGGACAGUGCCUGUUCUGCCUUACUGUCCUUAAAGCUGGAAGGUGCUUAAUGGACGGUUGACCGCGAUUCAGCCAUUCGGAAAAUGAAUGUCGACAAUUGUAAGAGUAUACCCCCACUCUCGAUCUGCGGGAAAAGGAUCAAUUUCUGGCUUAAACCAUUCGAAGGCAUCUUGCAGCCAGUUUGAGUUUUCGCUCAUCCGUGCAAAUGGCCCAUUG